AGACUACAACUAAAGAACACUUGGAUAAAGAAGGACUAUAUUAGAGCACCAAACGUUGCUUUCAUCGCUGCAGUUUUUUUGUUGUUGUUUUGUUUGUUUGUUUUUACUUCUAUUGAAUGCCCGGGUUAUUCCCUUCGACUUAAACGCCAGGUUUUUGAAAAAAAAUUAAAUAUAGGCAAAAUGUGUCGGUAGAUCAAAAUCGGGUUAGAGAUCACAAUAUGUUGGUUGGGUGAAUUUUGCUGGAAUUUCUUUGCUGGAUUUCCUGCUUUCGGGCGACCGGGAGGAACAGCAACAGUGUGUGGAAAAGUAGAUCUGAAUGUUAAACAUAUGGCUCCGACGAGGAUAGCACGCUGGAUGCUUGGAGAAGCAUGGUGGUGAGGAUGGUUAGAAUGCGAUUAAUGGCAAUGCCGUCAAGAGGCUGGGUCAAAUGGAUGAAUGUAACGGGAACCGCAGUGCUUCAUCUUCUACUGCUAUCAUUCUGCCUCUGCCAAGACACAGAAGACUGGCAAUAUGAGGAAUGUAAACUCUCACGUUCUGGUCCUCCAGCUACAAUCGUGGCGAUAGAUGAAGAAAGCCCCAACGGAACAUUGUUGGUGGAGAACAUGCAGAUCAACGGUGUGGCUGAGGGUCCAGAUCAUACCAUUUCUUUGUCUCUAAGAGACAACCACGACUACUGGGUGAUUCUUGACCCUGCCAGGCAGGCUCUUUACCUAAACAGCACUGGACGAGUUCUUGACAGAGAUCCACCUUCCUAUAUUCAGUCCAUCGUGGUCGGGGUUCAAUGCACCAAUGAGUUGAUUGGCACAGUGAUUUUGCAUGAGGUCCGCAUCGUUGUACGAGAUCGCAAUGACAAUGCACCACAUUUCCAGCAGCCUCGUUACUAUGUCGCCAUCAGUGAGCUAACGCCUGUAGGAACAACCAUCUUUUCUGGGUUUUUUGGGAAUAAUGGUGCAACAGACAUUGAUGAUGGCCCCAAUGGACAGAUAGAGUACACCAUCCAGUACAACCCUAAAGAUCCAACAGCAAACAGAACCUUCGACAUCCCUCUCACUUUGUUCGGCUCAGUAGUCCUCAGAGAACGGCUCAACUAUGAAGAGAUAACACGAUACUUAGUCAUAAUACAAGCAAAUGACCGGGCACCCUCUCCAAGUGACCGCCGAACAGCCACCACCACACUGACCGUGGAUGUGCUGGAUGGGGAUGACUUAGGUCCCAUGUUUCUACCUUGUACACUUGUGGGAAACACCCGUGACUGUAGUCCCAUCACGUAUUUGGCCAGUGUUCUGGAGCUGACAGAGCCUAACAAGACGAAUCCCCUUAAUGUGACGCCUCCUAUUCAAGCUGUGGACCAGGAUAGAAACAUACAACCUCCCUCUGACAGACCUGGGAUCCUUUACUCCAUCCUUAUUGGCAAACCAACGUCCUAUGCAGAAUAUUUCAGCUUAAACAAAACCACAGCAGAACUCAUGCUGCUUAAACCCAUUGACAGGGAGCUCUACCGCAGGUUUGAUCUGGUUAUCAAGGCUGAGCAGGACAACGGUCAUCCCCUGCCAGCGUUUGCCAAUCUUCAAAUCGAAGUUCUGGAUGAAAACAACCAGGCACCCUAUUUCUUGGAGUCUGGUUAUCAUGGAUACAUCAGCGAGGCAUCACCAAUAGGGACCACUGUUUCUACCAAUGUCAGCCUAUCAAAUCCCCUCACUAUAAUAGCGUUGGAUAAUGACGUAGAGGAGACCCGGGAUCCACAGUUGCACUUUUCUCUGGACAGUUAUUCUCACAUAUUCUCUGUGUCAACCACUGGGAUCAGAAGAUAUCUCACUCUGUUGCAGCCCGUAGACAGAGAAACACAAGACUCCUACACAUUUACGCUGUUAGCAUCAGAUGGUGUACAGCAGAGUUCUCCUGUAACAGUGACCAUAACAGUGCUGGAUGCCAAUGACAAUACUCCAACUUUUUCCAAUGUCUCCUAUAGUGUGAACCUGUUUACUGACAUGUUGCCUGGAGAAAUGGUUAUACAGAUGGCGGCGGUUGAUUCCGAUGCAAAUGAAAAUGGUCAAGUCACCUAUCGCAUCUUGGCUGGUGAUCAGGGACGAUUCCUAAUAGACAGCAGUACUGGGGUAAUUACAGUGGCACCAGGUGCUGAGCUGACUGUUGGCCGAAGCUACGCUUUGACUGUGGAAGCUGUAGACAAUGGGCCUGUGCCUCACAGAAGGUCUUCCAUUACAACAGUCUAUAUUGAAGUUCUGCCCCCAAACAACCAGAGCCCUCCUCGUUUUCCUCGCCAACAAUACCACCUUGAGAUCAGUGAAGCCAUGACGACUGGUGCUACACUUCUUAAUUUGCAGGCAGUGGACCGGGAGAAGGAUCCAAUAACGUACAAAAUUCAGAGUGGAGAUAUUGAUGGAAAUUUUGCAUUGCAGCAGAAUUCAGGGUAUUUGAUAUUGGACAAACCUUUGGACAGAGAGUCUUUAGAUCAUUAUAUCCUGACGGUCACAGCCUCAGACGGACGCCCAGAUGGGACUUCCACUACUAUGGUGAACGUGGUGGUGACUGAUGUUAAUGACAAUGAUCCAGCGUUCAACUCUUCACUGCCAGUGAACUUGACAGUCAUUGAGGAACAGGACAACGCCUUCGUUGGACAGGUUAUGGCAACAGAUCCAGAUCUGGGAGCAAGUGGCCAAGUCCACUAUAGGCUUGUGAACCACCAGACGCUGUUUUCCAUUAAUGCCACUGGAGCCAUCAGGACUGCAGCACCUCUGGACAGAGAGGUGAAAGGCCACUAUAUCCUGAUUGUUGAAGCAUCAGAUGGUGCAGUGGACCCUCGGCGAUCCAGACUUACCCUCUCUGUGACCGUUUUGGAUGUGGAUGACAACAGCCCAAUAUUCUCUCAACAGUCUUAUAAUGUCAAUCUACCUGAAAAUAGCCCAAAGGACACUGUCAUAUUACAAUUAAAGGCAACAGAUGCUGACCUCAUCUCAAACAUCACAUAUCGAAUCAGAGCCGAAAGCCUGGAUCCAGAUGUAAAACGACUUUUUCACAUUGACCCUGUGACGGGGGAGCUGUCUGUUCUCAACGUUCUGGAUUUUGAAGCUCUGGCCGCUUCGGAACCAUCAUACACUUUCACCAUAGAGGCUGUCGAUGUGGAGGGAACCAUGCCUCCUGGGCUUGCCCUGGUUACUGUUAGAAUAUUGGACAUGAAUGAUUUCUUUCCAGCAUUCAGCCAGCCGGUGUACAGAGGCAUGGUUGCACCUAAUGCUGUCAAGGGAACCAUUGUAACCACAGUGAUGGCCAAUGACUCUGACCCUGCGAAUACCCCAGCAGGUCUAGUUCGCUACAGGGUGGACCAGGACGCAUAUCCGUACUCUGCCAGUAUUUUUGAUGUAGAUGAAGAAAAAGGUCAUGUGGUUACAAGAGUGAAUCUAAACGAGGAACCCAACUUAAAGUUCAGACUGGUGGUUGUAGCCUAUGAUCAUGGUGAGCCUGUGAAAGAGAGUACGACUCUGGUCGAAAUCACAGUCCUUCAGCCAUCUGUUAUUCCUGUGUUUACUCAAGAAGAAUACAGAUUUGCACCAGUGAGUGAGGAGGCUGCUGUUGGAACCCCAGUGGGAGUCAUCAUGGCAGCAGCCGUCAAUCAAACCAUUGUGUAUUCCAUCAUUGAAGGGAAUGAGGAAGAUGUGUUUUCAUUAAAUGAAACAACUGGGGAACUAUACACAGCCAAGCCUCUGGACUAUGAAACCAAUUCCAGCUAUGUUCUUAAGGUUGAAGCAGACUCCAUGAGAGUGGUGUCAUCAAACCUUCGAGCUCCCACAAAGUCAAAUACAGCUAGGGUGGUGAUUGAUAUCCAGGAUGAGAAUGACCACCCACCAGUGUUCACCAGAUCUCUUUACAUUGGAGGAGUUGCAGAGGAUGCCAAAACUUUCACCUCAGUCUUGCAAGUGCAGGCUUUGGACAAAGACACUGGUAACUACAGCUCCAUGAUCUACAAACUGAUCAUUCCCCCUCCAACAGGAAAACAAACUAAAGACAGCAAAGACGGAUUUGUCAUUGAACCAUACACCGGUGUGGUGAAGACGGCUAUUAUGUACCGCAACAUGAGGAGGUCGUAUUUCAAAUUUGAGGUGGUUGCAACAGACAACUACGGCAAAGGACACAGCAGCAAAGCUGAGAUAGUGGUGUCUGUUGUGAACCAGCUCGACAUGCAGGUGGUUGUUUCAAAUGUCCCACCAACAUAUGUUGAGAACAACAAAGAGAAAUUGCUCAGCAUUUUGGAGCGCUAUGUUCAGGAGCAGGUAGUCGGGGCAAAGGUCAUCGUGGAAACUAUUGGGCCCCAUCGGGAUGGUGAAGCAAUGGAGUUGGAAGAUUACACCAAGUCAGACCUCAUGAUUUAUGCCAUCGAUCCGCUGACAAACAGAGCUAUAUCCAGACAAGAGCUCUUCAAGUUUCUUGAUGGUAAACUGUUGGAUAUCAAUAAAGAGUUCCAGCCUUUUCUUCCUCCUGGUGGCAGAAUACUGGAAAUCAGAACCCCUGAAGUGGUGGCCAGCGUAAAGAAAGCUGUUCAUAGAGUUGGCUACACAGAGGGAGCACUCUUGGCUUUGGCUGUUAUCAUCAUCAUCUGCUGCGUUCCUGCUAUUUUAAUUGUCAUUAUAACAUACAGACAAUUCAAAGAGCGACAAGCUGAGUGUGCCAAAACAGCCCGUAUCCAGAUGGCACUGCCAACAGGCAAACCCGGGGGAGGCACUGCCAACAACCUGUAUGAGGAGCUUGGUGACAACGCCAUGCGUGGAUAUGGUCAACAUGAAACACAGCAACUUCUCCGCCCCUCUCUGCUCAGACCAGAGGAGUUAUCAAUGGAGUCUGGCAUCGAUCCGGGACAGGACUACUACACACAAGAUUAUUACAACUAUGACCAUGGGGUGUACGUUUAUACCUGA